GGGGAGUGGGAGAGGGAGAAGCAGGCUUCCCACUGAGUAGGGAGCCCGAUGUGGGGCUCAAUCCCAAGACCCUGGGAUCAUGACCUGAGCCGAAGGCAGUCACUUAACCAAAUGAGCCACCCAGGCGCCCUGUGCUUUCUGUUCUUCAAACAUGCCAAGCUCAUUUCCACCUUAGAACUUCUAAUUUGCUGUGCCCCGCCCCCCCGCCCAAAACGCUGAUCUUGUCACAGCCCAGAAUGCCUCAGCUCAAAUGUCACCAACUCAGAAAUACUUCCCUGAUCACUCCAGGGGUUCUGUCUCAUUACCCUGCUUUAUUUAUAGCCUUGGUUACUAUCUGGAAUUCCUAUUUCUGUAUACAUUUACUGAUUUGUUUUCUGUCCCACCCCAAUAGAAUAUAAAUUGGAUGAUGGCAGAGAUCUUGUCUUUCUUAUUCCCUGCAGCUCUCCCUGAGGGGGGAGGCAGUCUUUUUUUCCCUCUCUGUCAGUCCUUUUAUGUGCCAGAGCCCUCUGUCUCUUCAGAACCUGGACAGCGAUGACGUUUGCCGAGGAUAAGACAUAUGAGUAUAUCCGCCACCAUUACAGCAAUUUUGUCGACCGUGUUCAUGUUCCGGAGAUCCUGCCUUACCUGUCCUGCCUCACCACAAGUGACCAGGACCGACUGCGGGCCUCUUGCCAGCUCUCUGGGAACCAGGGCACCCUCUGGGAGCUCUUCAGGAGCCUUCGGCGGCGGAUCGGCUGGGUGGAAUCCCUCAUCAAGGCGCUAAGGGCCUGUGAGCUGGUGGAUCUCGCUGACGAAGUGGCCUGCAUCUACCAGAGCAACCUGCCUGGGGUCCAGAGGCCACAGUUAGCUCCUGCUGAGGUUCCACAGCCCUCUAGACUCGCUGUGGCCCCCAGGGCCCCCUACAACGGCUACAGAGAGGAGGAGCCAAGUUUCCCCAUGCCUGUCCAGGACACCCAGCCACCAGAGUCCCUGGAAGAGAGUUCAAAGAAAGUCCCACAGAUGCCCCAUUUUGGGGCUGUCCUGAGGAGGCCAUCCAGCCCCCUGGAGCCCUCCUCUGACAUGGCAGCCUUCAGCCCUCUGACCUCCAGUGGACAUCGAGAGCAGGACACAGAACUGGGCAGCGCCCACACAGCAGGCAUGGCCUCCAGCCUCACCUUGCCCUGUGGGCCUGUGUCUCCGACUGCCUCCUUCCAGCCCUUGACCCGUUCCAUCCCCAGGGCAAGCCGUUGGCCUGCACCCUCCGUCUCCGCUCCGCCUCCUGGCACCUCCUCCUUUUCCACAGGCUCGGCCUGUGCAGGGGGUGCUGGCGACCACGGUGAGCCUGGUGUCUGCCCCAGUGGGGCAGGGGUGUCUACCAGCUCGUUGACCACCAGCACAGCACCCUCCAGGGUGCCUGCCAACUCAGCAUUUGACAGAACAGUGCCUUCCAAGUUGCCUGCCUGCUCGAAACCCUCAGGGGCAGUGACCACGAAUAUGCUCACGAGUCAGCCACCGUCCAAACUGCCUAUCAACUCAGUACAUGCUGGCACAGCACCACCCAGAGUCCUUGCGGGCCUGGUGCCUAAGCACAGGAUGUCCGCCAGCACAGUGCCCACCCUCAGGAGCAACAUACCCUCAGGGGAGACUGCAGCGGCUCCAGUACCCGCCGGCGUCUCCACCAGAGACAGCUUGCCCAGGCUAGACCCCAGCUCCGCUGGCUGGGGCUCUGAGUUGGAGCUGAGCAAGCCAGGCAGGCUGGCCUCCCGGGUGGACAGUGAGCCAUUCUCGGGCUGCUCUGCGGACCUGGCCCUCAGCUACAGCGAGUCCUUGGAUGCGGGGCCUGACAAUGCCCCAGAGGAGAACGAGUACCAGUCGGUGGAUUCCAUUCGGAUCCAAGUGGCCCAGGACCCCAGCGUCGAGCUGCUGGAGGGUAAUCCUGGGCCGCGUGCCACCCCGCAGCCUCUGGUGGAGGAGGAGUCCGUCCAGGCCAGCCUCUGGGCUCCAUGGCUCGGGGCAGCUGCCGCUGGGGUGCUCCUGGCCAUGAUCCUGACCAUGGUAUACAGGCGGCGCCUACUCCAGUGAAGCCCUGGGCCCUCUCUGCCAUGGAUCUACUCCCUUCCCCAUGGGACACCCAGCCCAAGCAUGGACUGUGCUGUCUUCCUGCCUUGUCCCUUUUGUGGGGCUGGUGGAGCCUGGGUCAGAGGGGAGCCAGGGGGCCUCAGGCCAGAUUUCUGUCCCAGCUCAUGCCCUCCCCAUGUGCUCUAGACCUCGCCCACCCUGCAAUCUUGGUUGUCACCUUUAUUCUCUGGAGGAGGUGAGGUGCCCCUAUCCGGGCUGUAUACCCAUUUGUCCAAGUCCACAGAUCAGGAGGUGCCACUGGAUUGUGCAGGGGGUUAUCAGUGCCCCCAUCCUGCCCUGGUGCCUGGUGUGCAGCAGGGUGGGGGACCCCACAGGACCUUGCUCCAGACCCCAAAAGCCCAGCCAAUGCUCCAGGAGCAUCAGGGUAGUCCAUCUCCAGGGACAUGGCUGCUUGAGGUCCAUCAAGAAGUAGAGGAGGUCCUUGGGGCGCCUGGGUGGCUCAGUCGUUAAGCGUCUGCCUUCGGCUCGGGUCGUGAUCCCAGGGUCCUGGGAUCGAGCCCCGCAUCGGGCUCCCUGCUCUGCGGGAAGCCUGCUUCUCCCUCUCCCACUCCCCCUGCUUGUGUUCCCUCUCUCGCUGUGUCUCUCUCUGUCAAAUAAAUAAAUAAAAUCUUAAAAAAAAAAAAAAAGUAGAGGAGGUCCAGGCAUUCUCCUGGCCCCUGGGGAACGUAAGGCAGCUGCUAGGCUGAGUACUGCCUCUGAAGCCCCUCUCCAGCCUCCUCACCCCCCCUUCCUUUUCCUUCCCUUCUGGUCUCCAUGCUCUCUAGCUGGGGGGGAGGGGGAGAGGGAUUUGGGGAGAAGAGGCCUGCUGGGCUGAGCUCAGACCAAGGUUUGGAUUCCAGCUCCACCACUUCCUGGGCUGUGUGGCCUUGGCAGAUGAUCAGACUUCUCUGGUCUUGCUUCCCCACAUGUGAAUAUCAUGGCUCAUCUCCACUGGGUUCUUCUGAGAUCGAAGCACACAAGUGUUUUGUCAAGUGCCUGACCCAGAGUUGGUGAAGACUGAUAGCUUCCCCUACCUCUCCCCUGCGCCGCCUGGUAGACAUGAGGGCAUUAAGAGACAGAGUGCCCAGUGGGUAAGGGUGUUACUCUGCAGUGUGGGGUGGCCUAGGCCUGCACCCCACUCUUAACUUUCACUCACUCUGUGCUUUGUCACUCUGUGCUCUUGAUUAACCUCUCUGUGCCUCCGUUUCCUCAGCUGUAAAAUGGGGAUGAAUAGUAAAACUUCCUAUGUAUAAAAACAUAGAUCUCCUAGUGUUGUGAGGAUUAAAUGAGCUUAUCUACAUCAGCCCUAGAAUGGUUCCUGGCAUUUAUUAAGCGUUGGAUACAUGUUGUUACAAACGUGGAGGGGCUGGAGCACUUGGCUACAGCUUACCAGGCAGAUUCAGACCCUACUGCCUACCCCUCCCCCCCUUCUUCAUCCUGUGCAUUGAGUCUUUGGGGAGUGGGAAUGGAGGAAUGUCUACUGGGGCGGCUGUGCAGGCUAAGGGCUGGGGUGCCCCUCAGCAGCCAGAUGGAUUGGGGAAUAUCUUCGUGGGUUUUUUUCAGGCAGCCAUUUCUGGAGCCACUUCCAUUCCUGUGCUCUGCAAGAGACAGACUAAGCUACCUGGGAAGGUACCCCCCAAACUGUCAGCUGGUAGGUUCUCUACCCUGCUUUGGCCACUUUGGCCUUGCUUUGUACUGCCCUAGGGGGCUUGAAUGACCUGUCCCUUUCCCCCUAAACUUCUUUUCAACCCUCGCUCCGAUCCCAGCAGCCUGCACCCUGAAACUAGGAGAGGUCCUUGCCCAAGCUAUCUGUACCACCCCCCAUCACCCUUGCUCUUAGCCAGCCCUCUGCGCUCUCCGUCACUCGCAGAUACCCGGGUCAGUAAACAAUUCAUGCACCGGUACUAGUUUUAUUUUUUUUUUUAAGAUUUUAUUUAUUUAUUUGAGAGAGAGGGAGAGAAACAGUAUGAGAGGGGAGAAGGUCAGAGGGAGAAGCAGGCUCCCCGCUGAGCCGGGAGCCUGAUGUGGGACUCGAUCCCAGGACUCCAGGAUCAUGACCUGAGCCGAAGGCAGUCGCUUAACCAACUGAGCCACCCAGGUGCCCCUGGUACUAGUUUUAAUGUGUGACUCUCCCAGGGUAGCUUUGGAAAAGAGUAUCUCAAGAAAGCAAUGUGUAGUCCCAAAGGAUGCUACUUUGCUGGUGGAAUUUCAAGCACAGUGACCAGCCGUGUGGGAGACACCUUUAGCUAAGGUGUGUAGGAAUCAUUCAGGGAUCUACCAGGCACUUUUCUUUCUUUCUUUCUUUUUUAAGAUUUUAUUUAUUUAUUUGACAGAGAGAGGGAACACAAGCAGGGGGAGUGG